AUGUCAUAUUUGCCACCAGAAAUAUUGGUCAAAGAAGGAUUUGAAAGACCAUCUUGCGAAAAGAGUUUCGCGUGUCACAUUUGCGAAAAAAGUUUGGAAGUAAACCUUAAGAUGCACACUGGCGAAAAACCCUUCGAGUGCUACAUCUGCCAUAAGAAGUUUGGGAAGGGAAGAGGUUUGAAUUACCACCUCAUGGUGCACACUAGCGAAAAACCCUUCAAGUGCGACAUUUGCCCUAAGAAGUUCAUACUGAAGAAAAGAUUGACUGAACACCUCAACACUCAUAAUGGGGAAAAACCCUUCGAGUGUGGUAUUUGCCACAAAAAAUUUGGUCGAAAAGAUAAUUUGACAAAUCACAUUGUGGUGCAUACUGAUGAGAAACGCUUCAAGUGUGACAUUUGCCAUAAGAAGUUUUGGCUGAGAAAAAGUUUGAAUUUCCACCUCAAGAUGCACACUGGCGAAAAACCCUUCAAGUGCGACUUUUGCCCUAAGAAGUUCAUACUGAAGAAAAGAUUGACUGAACACCUCAUCGCUCAUAAUGGGGAAAAACCCUUUGAGUGUGGUAUUUGCCACACGAAAUUUGGUCGAAAAGGGGAUUUGAAAAGACACCUGGUGACGCACUCUGCUGAGAAACCCUUCCAGUGCGACAUUUGCCAUAAGAAGUAUUGGCUGAGAAAAAGUUUGAAUUACCACCUCAAGAUGCACACUGGCGACAAACCCUUCAAGUGCGACAUUUGCCCUAAGGAGUUUAUACUGAAGAGUAGAUUGAAUCAACACCUCAACGCGCAUAAUGGGAAAAAACCCUUCGAGUGCGGUAUUUGUCACACAGAAUUGGCUCGAAAAGGUAAUUUGAAAAGACACCUUAUGAUGCACACUUAUGAAAAACCCCUCGAGUGCGAAAUUUGUCAUAAUGAGUCUCUGCACACCGGUGAGAUACCAUUUGAGUGCGAUAUUUCCCACAAGAAUUUAGGGAAUAAAGGAAAUUUGAAUGAACACCUCAAGAUGCAUAGUGGGGAAGAACCUUUCGAGUGUGGUAUUUGCCAUAAAUUUUUUUAUAAAAAAGAUGUUUUGACGAGACACCUUAGGAUUCACACUGGCGAAAAACCCUUCAAGUGCGACAUCUGCCCUGAGAAGUUCAUACUGAAAAGAAGUUUGAAUGAACACCUCAAGGUGCAUCAUGAGGAAAACGCCUUCGAGUGUGGUAUUUGCCACGCAAAAUUUGGUCGAAAACAUGUUUUGAAAAAACACCUCAUGAUUCACACUGAUGAGAAACCCUUCAAGUGCGACAUUUGCCCUAAGAAGUUUAGGCAUAGAGGAAAUUUGAAUGUACACCUCAUUGUGCACACUGGCGAAAAAUCCUUCGAGUGCGAUAUUUGCCAAAGAAAAUUUGGUCGAAAAGAUCAUAUGAAAAGACAUAUUAUGAAGCACACUGAUGAAAAACCCUUCAAGUGCGAAAUAUGCCAAAAGGAGUAUAAAGGAAAAGAAGGUUUGAAGGUACAUCUCAGAGUGCACACUGGCGAAAAUCCCUCUGAGUGCGACAUUUGUCCCAAGAAGUUCAGACUGAAACGGACUUUGAAUGAACACCUCGAUGUGCAUAAUGUGGAGGAACCCUUUGAGUGUGGUAUUUGCCACAGUGAAUUUGGUCAAAAAAUGGUAUCAAAAAAGCACCUCAUGGUUCACACUGGUGAGAAUCCCUUCGGGUGCGACAUCAUCCAUGAGAAGUUGAGGCAAAAAGAAAUUAUUAAUAAACACCUUAUGGCCCACAAUAGUGUGACACCCUCUGAGUGUGAAACGAAUAAAUGCCUUGAGGUAGAACCUGGUAAAGUACCAGUUGAAAGUCAUACUUGUGAUGAUGAAAAUGUCUUGAUAAAAGGCCAUCUAAUUCGACACUCCAAUAGUGGAAGACCAUCCACAUGUGAGGUUGGUGAAUAUGGUGGUGAUUCUUUCGCAUCAGAAGAAGACCAUUUCAAAACCAAUAACACUGAUGAUAAGUUCAAGAUUGAAAUCGAAUACAACGAAUUUUCAUUGGACGCCGUGGAUGAUGUUGAAAUAAAGAAGGAAGACAUCUUCAUAAGGUACUGA